AUGACCAACCCCAUAAGUCAUCAAAGUCAUUUAGAGAAAAGUGGACAUUCCUUGAAAGAAUUCAUCCAAAAGCUUCUUCAAAAAAACCCACAAGAAAGAAUCUAUGGCUGUGCAAAUAUACAACUACUGGAUUUCUUCGCCGGUAAAAUAAAUUUUGCUACAGUGGAAAAUCAUCAGUAUAACUCAAGAAUAUUCUUCACUAACGAAGACAUUGCUAAACUACCAGAUGGAUCACUGAAAAGAUGGAUACUACAAGAUCGCCAAGAUUCAGACCGCAAUUUAUGCAAUUCAGACAACUUUAAUUCUUCCCACUAUGAUAGAAGUCGCUCAUCAAAACAAACAGAUAACAGAAAAGAAACAUCCAGAAACUACCGAUGGUUAAAAGAAUUACCAUUAAAAAAUUCCAAACAUUCUAAAGCUAAAGCAAACGAAGAGAAUACUGAGGCAGAAAAUUUAACACAAAAGUGUAUGAUGCCCAAGAAAAUGUCUGGAUAAAAAUCAAUACUUUAAAUUUAACGUGAAUUGUAAUGUCAUUUACUGUCAACUAUUGAUCGCUGCAAUAUCAGAAAUAAGUCUUUUCAAAAGAGGAAGUGUAAUUUACA